AUGAAAAACAGAAAAUUUUCCAAUCUUCUCUUACUUAGAUUACGUAUACUUUGCUUUAACAAGAAGCCGGCCUUUGCUGCUACUUCUUACGCUUUCUUCUUCCGCAAUUUUUCAGUGCUGAUUUUCAUUAUGGUACCUGAUGAAAAAGAAAACGGCGCAGCAGCUGAUAACAGCUUCUCUCUGCUGAUUGGACGUGGGGUCGUACUAUUUCUUUUUUAUUGCCCCACCGCACUGAAAAUGCAUGGGCCGGUUCCGGCGCAUUGGUUCUGCGAUAAGAAUAUCGAGGCCAUCCAAUCAGAUGGUCAGAUAAGGUUAUUAAGAUCAGGCCCGUUUCCAUGGAGUCAUGGAACCUGCAUAAGGGGAGCCUGA